UGUGUUAUCUUAUCAAGAUUAUGGUGUUGUUGUUGUUUCUGGUACUGUUCUUCGUCCCCGAGAGCGUCGUAUGUCAGAGACCAAACCCAAACGGUGUAGAGUUCAACACCAGUGGAAAUAUGUACACCAGUGGAUCAGCAUAUAUAAACAACAAUGGUCUGAUCAGACUCACAAAUUCUACACCACAAACAACUGGUCAAGUUUUCUAUAAUGACCAACUUCGAUUCAAGAACUCAGUGAACGGUACAGUUUCUUCCUUCUCCACCACUUUCGUUUUCUCUAUUGAGUUUCAUAAUGGAAUAUAUGGAGGAUAUGGAAUUGCCUUUGUUAUCUGUCCAACGAGAGAUCUGUCUCCUACUUUUCCCACCACUUACCUUGGACUUUUCAAUAGGAGCAACAUGGGAGAUCCAAAAAAUCAUAUAGUAGCUGUUGAGCUCGAUACUAAAGUUGACCAACAAUUCGAGGACAAAGAUGCUAACCAUGUUGGCAUUGAUAUCAAUACUUUAGUUUCAGAUACAGUUGCUUUAGCGGGUUAUUACAUGGAUAACGGUACAUUUCGAAGUCUCUUGCUUAACAGUGGACAACCUAUGCAAAUCUGGAUUGAGUAUGACAGUAAACAGAAACAGAUUAAUGUCACACUUCAUCCUCUUUAUGUCCCUAAGCCAAAGAUUCCACUUCUUUCUCUUGAAAAGGAUCUUUCUCCAUAUUUGCUUGAACUUAUGUAUGUUGGAUUCACUUCAACUACAGGGGACCUAACUGCAUCUCACUAUAUAUUGGGAUGGACGUUCAAGAUGAAUGGGACUACUCCAGAUAUAGACCCCUCUCGCCUUCCCAAAAUUCCUCGUUAUAAUCAGCCAUGGAUCCAGAGUCCAAAUGGGAUUUUGACAAUCAGUUUAACUGUAUCAGGAGUCAUCAUACUCAUUAUCUUGAGUCUCAGUUUAUGGCUUUUCCUGAAGAGGAAGAAGCUAUUGGAAGUUCUUGAGGACUGGGAAGUUCAGUUUGGUCCUCAUAGGUUUGCUUUCAAAGAUCUGCAUAUUGCUACAAAGGGUUUCAAGGAUACUGAGGUUCUUGGUAAAGGAGGAUUUGGGAAAGUCUAUAAAGGAACUUUACCAGUGUCCAACGUAGAGAUAGCGGUGAAGAUGGUUUCUCAUGACUCAAGACAAGGAAUGAGAGAGUUUAUUGCUGAGAUUGCAACCAUUGGGCGUCUCAGACAUCCUAACUUAGUUCGGCUUCAAGGCUACUGCAGACACAAAGGUGAACUCUACUUGGUGUAUGAUUGUAUGGCCAAAGGAAGUCUUGAUAAGUUCCUUUACCAUCAACAGACUGGGAAUCUUGAUUGGUCACAGAGAUUCAAGAUCAUCAAAGACGUAGCUUCUGGACUUUAUUAUUUGCACCAACAAUGGGUGCAGGUCAUUAUCCACAGGGAUAUUAAACCAGCCAACAUCCUUCUUGACGCUAAUAUGAAUGCUAAACUUGGUGACUUUGGUCUCGCGAAGCUCUGCGAUCAUGGGACUGAUCCUCAGACCUCUCAUGUGGCAGGUACACUUGGGUAUAUUUCACCUGAGCUCUCAAGAACAGGAAAGGCAAGUACAAGAUCAGAUGUAUUUGCGUUUGGAAUAGUGAUGCUAGAGAUUGCUUGCGGGCGAAAACCCAUAUUGCCACGAGCAUCACAAAGAGAGAUGGUACUGACUGAUUGGGUGCUAGAGUGUUGGGAGAAUGAAGAUAUCAUGCAGGUUCUUGAUCAUAAGAUUGGUCAGGAAUAUGUUGAGGAGCAAGCGGCACUUGUUCUGAAACUUGGCUUAUUCUGUUCUCAUCCAGUAGCAGCCAUCAGACCAAACAUGUCUAGCGUCAUUCAAUUAUUGGACAGUGUGGCUCAGCUUCCUCAUAACUUACUUGACAUUGUGCAAACUCGAGAAGUUCAUCGAGGUACUGAAAUCUCAGGUGAAGCAGCUGAUUCUCCAGAGUCCUGUUCCAUCGCUCCCUUGACCUUCACUGAAUCCUUUGUCUCUCAUGGUCGGUAA